GUCUGCCGUCUGCGUCUGCUUCUCCCUCUCUACCUCGUUUUAUGUCUUUCUUUUUCCGAUUGUAGGUCGAAUAUUUAUGGUUAAAAAUGCAAGCAAACAUUUUAAACCGGAUCUCCAAUUCAAUCAAACCAUCAACAUGCACUCAACGCACACACGCCUUCCCAGCACUCUUGUCAGUGUUACAACACAGACUGUACUCCAGUAGCCAUGAGGCUGAUAUUGUUGUGAUCGGCUCAGGACCGGGAGGCUAUGUUGCUGCUAUCAAGGCGGCACAGCUGGGGAUGAAGACGGUUUGUAUUGAAAAGAAUGAAACCUUGGGAGGAACCUGUCUCAACGUUGGGUGUAUUCCUUCUAAAGCUCUACUAAACAACUCCCACUACUACCACAUGGCUCAUUCCGGGGAUCUCAAGGGCAGAGGCAUCGAAGUUUCUGGAGUAACUCUGAACCUUGAGACAAUGAUGGACGCCAAGCGAACAGCUGUGAAAGCGCUCACCGGUGGUAUUGCUAGCCUCUUCAAGUCAAACAAGGUUACUCAGAUAAGUGGCCAUGGAAAGAUCACAGGCCCCAACGAGGUCACAGCCAUCAAGGCUGACGGCAGCAGUGAGGUAGUUAAAGCGAAGAAUAUUCUGAUAGCGACAGGCUCGGAAGUCACGCCCUUCCCAGGAAUCGAGAUUGAUGAAGAGACUGUAGUGUCGUCGACUGGAGCGCUUUCACUGAAGAAAGUCCCUGAGAAGAUGGUUGUGAUUGGAGCAGGAGUUAUUGGUUUGGAACUGGGUUCAGUGUGGGGCAGACUGGGAUCUCAGGUCACUGCUGUGGAGUUCCUUAACACCAUUGGUGGAGUUGGUAUUGAUGGAGAGGUUGCCAAACAGUUCCAAAGGAUUCUCGGCAAGCAGGGAAUGAACUUCAAGCUGGGAACUAAGGUUAUGGGUGCACGGAAGGAAGGCUCUACCAUCAAAGUCAGUGUGGAAAACGUUAAAGACGCAGCUAAGAAAGAAGAGCGCGCUCAAACGGGACUGUUACAAACACUGUUUGGUGCCUUCCGAUCCGAUAGUGAGAGCUCGAAAGAGACAUCUUCUCAAACCGAGCUGGACUGCGAUGUGUUGCUAGUGUGCGUUGGUAGACGACCAUACACACACAACCUUGGGCUGGAAGAUAUUGGUAUUGAGCGAGACCAGAAGGGAAGAAUACCAGUCAACUCACGCUUCCAGACUGUCAUUCCCAGCAUUUUCGCAAUCGGCGACUGCAUUCACGGACCCAUGUUGGCACAUAAGGCAGAAGACGAAGGAAUUGUAUGUGUAGAAGGUAUUGCGGGAGGUCCAGUGCACAUAGACUACAACUGUGUUCCCUCCGUCAUCUACACUCAUCCCGAGGUCGGCUGGGUCGGCCGUACUGAAGAGGACCUCAAGAAUGAUGGUGUUGACUUCAAAAUAGGAAAGUUCCCGUUCGCUGCCAACAGCAGAGCGAAGACGAACAACGAAACAGAUGGAUUUGUCAAGGUGCUCGCUGACAAACUGACCGACAAGAUCCUGGGCGUCCAUAUCAUCGGACCUGGAGCUGGAGAGCUGAUCAACGAGGCCGUGUUGGCAAUGGAGUACGGAGCAUCUGCAGAAGACGUAGCCAGAGUGUGUCACGCCCACCCGACUUGUUCCGAAGCCUUGAGAGAGGCGCAUCUAGCAGCUUACUUCGGCAAAGCGAUCAACUUCGGUUAAACUUCCUAAGCAAUCUUGUACAGAACUUGUGAAUCUUUGGGGCUGUAGUGAGGCAUCAGGCAGUCAGUGCCUACUGCACUGUGCAUUUGUAGAAAUCAUCUGAUGCACUUCGAGUAUACGAUCCAUCUGCGCCAUACUCGUGACGAAAUUGUACAUAAUUCCCGGUUAUACCAUAUUGUGUAUCGAGAUAUUAAUUUAUAAUAUAUUUUGUUUUAAACAUUAAUGUUGGAUUUGAAUCGUCAGCUUAUUGUAUGUUAUACUUACCAUCUUUUUUAGUUAUAAAUAAAUUCUUUUGAAAUA